AGCGGCACUCAGUUUACUACAGACCUGUCUAGAGGGUGCAUGUCGCUUCUCGCGUUGUUGUGUCCGUGUUUAAAGUGUUAGUGUAAUAACAUAACAGCAAAUUGUUGUGUGGUGUGAUAUUAGUGUUGUGCAACCACCGGAGCGGCGGAGCCGGAUAACAUUGCUGUGAUGCAUUUUCGGAUAUACCUAUGGCUGUCAUGUUUAGCCCUCGCAGGAUACGUACGAGCGACAGAGGAGGGAGUGAGCGCGCAGCCGACGGAGAUAACAGUCCACAUUCAGCAGGACGGCGCUGCGCCCGACCGGGACGUGUUCAUAGACGAUGACUCCGGCUCCGGCCUAGGCAUCGACGAGGCGUCCGGAUCCGGCUGGGGGCCCGGUCCCGGCGUCGACGACGAGGACGGCCGCGGCUCAGGUGACGGCGCCGUCCGACCCGCCCUGUCCGGACUCCCCGAGGAUGACGAAGACUUCGCGCCGCGCACCACAGUCGCUCCCGGCACGCCCGCUCCGCCCGAGUAUCCGGACCUCCCCGAGCCGGACAACGCCCUCCCGAACCCGACGGCUCCAGAACCUACGAUCCCAACACCAAAAGUCCAGCAGCCCGAUUUAGUCAGUCCUCGCAUACUAAAGGGUCAGGAAGGAGAAACGGGCGGGGAGCAGCGCGGCGCGGGGGGAGAGCAGCCCUCGCGCCCUGACGUCACAGAUAUCAACAUAUCCGGAGAGGACGUAGGACAGGAGAUCGACCAGGUGCCGUCGGGCACGCACAUCGAGACGGAGGCGCGGCCGGCCGACACCGGCGUCUUCAUCAUGAACGCCAAACCUGAGGACCGCGCUACCAGCUUCUUUGCGCAGCCAGGCAUACUUGCUGCUGUUAUUGGCGGAGCGGUAGUUGGGCUUCUGUGCGCCAUCUUAGUGGUAAUGUUCAUAGUGUACCGCAUGCGCAAGAAGGACGAAGGCUCGUAUGCACUGGACGAGCCCAAGCGCAGCCCCGCCGCCGCCUCCUACGGCAAGGGCCACAACAACCGCGAGUUCUACGCGUGAGACGACGCAGAACAAGACGCGCCACGUCUUUACUAGCAGCCGCAGAUUAAACGUAACGUUUUUAAUCUGUGGGAAUUUAUUGUCUGACUUUUCUUUGACAGUUGCGCGCCAUUUUGAAUCCUGUUUUAAUCUUUGACGUGGCCAAAAUUGUUCUGUGAUCGUCUCUUACGAAAUUUUGUUUACGAAUUUUUAAAGGUUAUCGUGUACGGAUUGUACAACGUUGUGUACAAAUCGGGUACAUUAAUUUGUUUGUAAUGACGGACGGAUAUUUAAUGGAAUUUAUCAAAAUUGAAUGUAUUUAAGACCAAAUUUUAUAUCAAUCGACUAUCUUGAAAGCCUAAAUAUUAAUCGAUGGUGAAAUAUUAGUUUCCUAUUGAUGUUGGUUUCUAGUUUAAGACCUAUGGUUAAUAUCACUAUAUUUGAAUCUGAAUAGAUCUUGUAUGUUUUCUGUAAAAAUAAAUGUGCCAUCCGCUUUCUUUAACUGUACAUUGCUACCGCUGUAGUUUAUUCAUAGACAAUCCAGUCUAUGGUACGUCCAUAUCCCACGUAUCUAUGUAGUACUAUGUAAUUAAUUAUGUAUGUAUUUAUAACCCGCUUUCACCUACUACAAUAAGACAGUACAUCAAUAAAGAAAUAAGGUGCUUCAGUAAGUUUUUGUGUUAAAUAAGACAUAAUUAAGUCAUCAACUAAGCAUUUGAUUUACUUCACAUUAAGUUUUAUAGACUGCAAAAUACUAACACAAAAGUGACGUAAAAAAUUAGUUUCUCGAAUAUAAAAUUAUUUAAAAACAAUUGGAUUUAUGGAUUUGGAGGUUAUCGGAUCAAAAAUCCUUAGUUCUUUUACUAUAGUUACAAAAAGCUAUUAUUUAUUAUAACUAGAAACAAAAUCAAGCAUUUAAAACUAAAUUAUGGCAGCUAUAUUUAAAUUAUAU